AUAAAGUGCAGAUGAUUGGAAGUAGUUGGUUGUAACCAGCCCUGGAACUCUGAAUCUAGCCAUCUCCAAAUCUUAUGAUCAGUAAUUAAAUUAUAUGGAGAAUUUAAUUGAAGUUGUGACUUUUGUUUAAAUUUUUUAUUGAGUUGUGUCUAUUGUACAAUGCUAUCCAUGGGAUACUCCAAUUUGCAGGAGGAACUCAUAGAAGACGACGAUGUAAGAAAACCAAAGACGGAGAACAAUGCACACAAUUCGUACAUUGUGAUGUGUGAUAGUGGCAUGACACAGCAGGAAAAUGAGCUCCAGAAUGCCAGCGAUAGGUCAGGGGGAUCCAAUAAUAGCAGUACUGUUAGAGUGGAUAUAGCUGAUAUACUGGAUGGGGAGGAGAGUCUAAACCUGACGACCACUACACUCAAAAGGUGUAAACAACUGGUGCUCCGACCCUACUGGAGACUUCUCAUGUUUAUAGGAUGGAGGGGGUUCGGCAGAGAGUCAGUGAACUUUGGCAGUAAGAGAUGGAGUGUUUUGAAUGUUGUGUACCCUGUGUGUGUCGUGUGUUUGUUAUUAUAUACCUAUGUUUAUGAAAUUGUUGCUUGUCAGUGGAAGCUUGAUCUUCACAAGGAUACUCAGGUUGCUACCACCCCUACCACUACAUCUCCAGUAUCACCAGAGGCCGAUAACAGUACAGCAGCUACAGAGGGGGGUCUCGUAACUCUCUCCCUCCCCUUAAUAAAGAAUCUCACGAGCAUGCGCAAGAUUGGCCCAGCGGAGCGCCCCGAGGCAUGCAGGCAUAUCAUCACCACCUAUGUCAUUCCAAAUAUUCUACACUUUGUGGCAUACAUUAUGGGAAUGAUUCACUUUAGAAUUCAGGAGAAUGAGCAGUUAUAUGCCAUUAUGGAGAAGGUUUUCUUACAAGCAACACCUUCCUAUAGUCGGUCAGCUUCUCAGCAAAAGAUGAUCAAAAAACUUAGGAUAUUAAUGGCAAUUGGUGCUAUUUGGGUGGCAAUAACACUAGUCAUGCAAGGCCUCUAUGAGUAUGCCUUUAAUUUCCCACAACUUCUCUUCUUUCAAAAAAUGGGAAAGAGUGUUCACUGGGUGCUGUUUAGUUUUGAAUUGUUGGGGAUUCUGAUGUUGAAUUCUGUGACUUUAGCAGUGAUAGCUAACUAUGUGACACACUGUGAAAUGGUUCUAUUUUAUAUACGGGGACUAGCCCUGAGAUUGCAGGAAAAAUCUACCGAGCUCAAGGCAGCAAUGAAGGACAUUCUUUUCAUCAAACAAAAUGUUGGUUUACUAAAUGGUCCUGUUGCAAGAAUGACGGCUCUAAUAUCAGUCAUUUUUGCAGAGUUGACAAUCAUAGGUGUCUGUAUUCUUGUGUUGAACAAAAAUGAUUCCAUAAAAGUAUGGGUCUACAGGAGUUGUUUCCCUUUGGUGUGGCUUUUCAUUCUUAUUGGUCCAUUGUAUCAGGCAGCUCGGGUAAAUUCAGUAUCCAUGAGAAUGAAGAAGAUAGCUUUAGAGAUGAGAGUGUUUGGAUACAAGAAUUCCUCACAGUUAGAGCUGGAUUCUUUCAUUUUAUUUGUCAGCCAAGCAAGGAUGAAGGCGAAGCUUUUCCAUAUACCCAUUCUGCCACAGUAUCUUAUAGCUAUUCUGGUCUUAGGGGCUUUUAUUCUACUUAUCCUAUUCCAAACCAGUGUGAUUGGCCCUGUCAACUACUGGUUCUAAUCAACAACCCACCUAUACAAACUGGUCCUGUCAACUACUGGUUCUAAUCAACAACCUAGUUAUGCAAACUGGUCCUGUCAACUACUGAUUCAAAUCAACAACCUAGUCAAACAAACUAAUCCUGUCAACUACUAGAUCUAAUCAACAACCCAGUCAACCAAUCCGGAUCCUGUCAACUGCUGGUUCCAAUCAACAACCUAGUCAAACAAACUGAUCCUGUCAACUGCUGUUUCUAAUCAACAACCUAGUCAAAAAAAUUAAUCUUGUCAACUACUGGUUGUAAUCAAUAAAACAGUCAAACAACUGAUCCUGUCAACUACUAGUUCUAAUCAACAGCCUUGUCAAACAGACUGAUCCUGUCAACUACUGGUUCUAAUCAACAACCCAGCUAUACAAACUGGUCUUGACAACAAAUGGUUCAUAUCAACAACCCAGUCAAAGAAACUGAUCCUGUCAACUACCUAGUCAAACAGACUGAUCCUGUCAACUACUGGUUCUAAUCAACAACCCAGCUAUACAAACUGGUCUUGACAACAAAUGGUUCAUAUCAACAACCUAGUCAAUUAAACUGAUCCUGUCAACUACCUAGUCAAACAGACUGAUCCUGAUCCUGUCAACUACUGGUUCUAAUCAGCAAGCUAGUCAAGCAACAACUGGUUCUAUUCAGUGACCGAGAUAUACAGACUGGUUCAGUUAGCUGCUGGUUCUGAUGUCAACAACUGGUUCUAACCAACAACCCACUUAGCAUGUGAUGCCCUCUAUAACUGGUUCUUAUGAACAACCCUUGCAGUAGCAUAAUCUGAUCCUGUCAACUACUGAUUCUAAAAAAUAAACCAGUUAUAGAAUUUGACAUAUUAGAUUUUUUCUGUUUACUACUGGUCUAAUCUUCAAUACAAAGUUAUAGACUGUCCUCUUUUCCUGGCUCUGACCAAUGACUCUUGCAAUUACACAAAUAUGACUGCCAUUUGAUUGGUCUACACAUAAAUAAACAGAGCCAACUGGAUAUACUUACUUACCCUUUUAGUGUAAAAUUUAUUAAUAAGUUAUCAAAUCCAUGUUCACCCAAUAAUGUUUAU